AUGCUAUUCUGACGGUCGUCGCCCUGGCCAAGGAGACCACGCAGGCUACCUACAGCGAGCACAACCCGGGCAGCGCCGGCCUGGCGCACCAGACCAUCCGGCAGCUGUUCGACAACUUCACCAGCUACUUCCAGAGCCAGAUCUCGGACCCGCAACUCGAGGACGCCAUCACGCUCUUCUUUGACGACCUGUUCGUGGUGGCGUACCAGGAGGCGAGGCAGCCGAAUGAGCCCGCUUUGAACGAGACGUUCGCGGCCUGCCUACGGCUCAGGCGCGACGAGCUGCGCCCCUUCAAGCAGGCGCCGCUGCGCAUGAAGGAAAAGGUGCUGCGCACCUUCGGCGUGGCUAAGUUCUACCUGCAGUCGCUGUACGUAGGCCUAGAGGUGCUCAGCACCACCACGGACUUCGGGUACUCCGACUCAUGUUACGACGCCCUGACGCGACUCAGCUACUGCUCGGCGUGUCAGGGACUGGCCGAGGUCAAACCGUGCACCGGCUUCUGCAUCAACGUGAUGCGCGGCUGCAUGGCGCCGCUGUCCAAGCUGUCGGCCCCCUGGGCCGACUACGUAGGCGUGCUGCAGAGACUGGCCACCUCCCUCCAGCAGAGCAACGACGUCAAGGGCUACCUGUUCAAGAUGUACAUGAACAUCUCCGAGGCCAUGAUGCUGGCCUGGAACAACAUGGAGCACCUAGAGUACGCGGCAGCCGCCGCUUGCGGCUCGCCGCCGGCGCCGGAGACGCCGCAGCGCCGCCGCCGCCAGGUGCCGCUGCAGCAUCGGCCGUCGGGCGACCUGGAGCUGGCGCUGCCGCAGCGCCCGGGUCAAGGUGCAGCUGACGACGGCCGACCCCGAGCCAGAGCUCACCAGUGUCCUGCGCCAGUUCAACAGCGGUGUUUGUGGAGCAAUACAGGCGGCUGUUCCACCACCUACCCGACAAACCUUGCAACGAGUGGGCGUUCCACGACCAAGCCGAAUGCUGGAACGGUCCGCAACUUGGGCGACUAUAAGAAGCCGCUGGCCGGCGUGGGACUGGACUCGCAGGUGUUCAACCCGGAGGUGAACGUGCCGCACAUGGCGGAGCCUGUGCUGGAGGAGCAGUCGGACCGCCUAGGCCAGAUACAGCAGGCAGCCGCCGCUUGCGGCUCGCCGCCGGCGCCGGAGACGCCGCAGCGCCGCCGCCGCCAGGUGCCGCUGCAGCAUCGGCCGUCGGGCGACCUGGAGCUGGCGCUGCCGCAGCGCCCGGUCAAGGUGCAGCUGACGACGGCCGACCCCGAGCCAGAGCUCACCAGUGUCCUGCGCCAGUUCAACAGCGGUGUGGAGCAAUACAGGCGGCUGUUCCACCACCUACCCGACAAACCUUGCAACGAGUGGGCGUUCCACGACCAAGCCGAAUGCUGGAACGGUCGCAACUUGGGCGACUAUAAGAAGCCGCUGGCCGGCGUGGGACUGGACUCGCAGGUGUUCAACCCGGAGGUGAACGUGCCGCACAUGGCGGAGCCUGUGCUGGAGGAGCAGUCGGACCGCCUAGGCCAGAUACAGCAGAUCUCGCUCGACAAGAUGGUGGCGCUGCCGGCCACGGGCAGUCUGCAUGGCGGCCUGGAAGACGACGGCGGCUGGCACGAGGGCAGCGGCUCCGGCGACUGGUCGGUCUACGACGACGAGGACGGCAUCUACGAGUAUCCCGACUACGGCAGCGGCAGCGGCGACGGCGGCAUCCAUGACGCCUACCAGGACACAUUCGACGGGGAUACACUGCUGCCGCCAGAGCGGCCUCACGAUGGAGACGUGCACAUCGGGACCGACGAGGAGCAAGAGGAGGUCGUGCCGCGGACCAACGUACCACCGGCCACCACUGCGGUGCCGCCGAAGGAAAAGGCUGCAGGCGCGGCUGCGGUCAGCGCCAGCUGUUGGUCGCUGUUGCUGGCCAUGCUGGCCGCCGCCCGCUGGUAG